AUGGGAAAAAAAUAUAUCGCACAAUCUCUCGUUCAAAAACUCAAGAAGUCUAAUUACCUUAUCGCCACAAUCGAGUCAUGUACUGGUGGACUAGUAGCCAACCUGAUAACUGAUAUUACUGGGUCGAGUCAGGUUUUCUGGGGUGGUCGAGUCGUUUACGACAAUAAUGCUAAGAUUGCGUUAGGUGUUGACCCCUCAAUAAUUGAUACUCACGGUGCCGUCUCCUAUGAGACUGCUCGUUCGUUGGCUGAGAAAGGGUUGGCAGAACUACAAAAGCAUUCGAUGAUCAAAGGAGACAAUGAUUAUAAUGAUCCCAAACAUUUCAUUUGCGUGGCGACUACUGGUUUAGCUGAGCAAGAUCCUGAUAAAAAUCUGGAAGGUGGAGUUUGUUGGAUUGGCAUUGCCUCGAGUAAUAUUAAUAUGACAUUUGUUGAACGAGUGAAUGCUUCGCCUUUGCUCACUAGAGAAGAGACGAAAUUGGAGUUUGCGAAGAAAGCAUUGAAAUUUGUAGAAAAAAAUAUUUGA